AUGUCACCCUCAGACCACCUUCAUGACCUACAGAGGAAGGCACCUGCGGCCAGCCUGGAGGGUAAAAAAGGGGGAAGGGGCGCCUUGGGCUGGACGCCCCCGCUGCCCUUCCGCACCAGGUCAGGAUCGCCAGGGCCCGGAAACCCUCCCAGCGAGCGCAGCCGUCCCACCCGAGGGGACACCCCACCCUCGCCACCCACGUCCCUACUGGCUCCGGGCCGCAGGGAAGGCGGCUACGGGAACCGCUUCCAGGGCGGAGACAGUGAAGUGGCUGUGUCGGUCAUCUGCUCUGUAGCUGAGCUGGGGGUUUUUUGCUUUUCGCCGUGUGUGGAGCAGAGCUUGUUCCUCUCCUGCUCAGCCGUGCAGGUUGAAUUGACCAAAGCUAUCGUUAUGGAGAAGCCUAGUUCCCUGCUGGUCAGGUGGGAAUUUGUGAGACAGUAUUACACACUGCUGAACCAGGCUGCAGACAUGCUACACAGACUUUAUGGAAAGAACUCUUCUUAUGUCCAUGGGGGAUUGGAUUCAAAUGGAAAGCCAGCAGAUGCGGUCUACGGACAGAAAGAAAUCCAUAGGAAAGUGAUGUCACAAAACUUCACGAAUUGCCACACUAAGAUCCGUCAUGUCGAUACUCAAGCCACUCUGAAUGACGGUGUGGUGGUCCAGGUGAUGGGCUUGCUCUCUAAUAACAACCAGGCUUUGAGGACAUUCAAGACCUUUGUCCUUGCUCCUGAGGGCUCUGCUGCAAAUAAGUUUUAUGUUCACAAUGAUAUCUUCAGAUACCAAGAUGAGGUCUUUCGUGGCUUUGUCACUGAGCCUCAGGAAGAAUCUGAAGAAGAAGCAGAGGAACCUGAAGAAAGACAGCAGACACCUGAGGUGGUACCUGAUGAUUCUGGAACUUUCUAUGAUCAAACUGUCAGCAAUGACUUAGAAGAACAUUUAGAAGAACCUGUUGCUGAACUAGAGCCUGAUCCUGAACCAGAACCGGAGCAAGAACCUGCGUCGGAAGAAACUGCUCCUGAGGAUGUUCAGAAGAGUUUCUCUCCAGCGCCUGCAGACAUAGCCCAGGCAGUGCAAGAGGACUUGAGAGCCUUUUCUUGGGCCACUGUGACCAGUAAGAAGAACCUUCCUCCCAGUGGAGCUGUUCCAGUUACUGGGAUACCACCUCACGUUGUUAAACUACCAGCUUCACAGCCUCGUCCGGAGUCUAAGCCUGAAUCUCAGAUUCCACCGCAGAGGCCUCAGAGGGAUCAAAGGGUGCGAGAACAGCGAAUAAAUGCUCCUGCCCAGAGGGGACCUGGAGCAGUCCGUGAGGCUGGUGAGCAAGGUGAUGCUGAACCCCGAAGAAUUGGGAGACACCCUGACAGUCACCAGCUCUUUAUUGGCAACCUGCCUCAUGAGGUGGAAAAAUUAGAGCUUAAAGAUGUUUUUCAAAGUUAUGGGAAUGUGGUGGAGCUGCAUAUUAACAGCGGUGGGAAAUUACCCAGUUUUGAGUUCUUUGUGUUUGAUGAUUCUGAACCCAUUCAGAAGGUGCUUCGCAACAGGCCCAUUAUGUUCAGAGGUGAGGUCCGCCUGAAUGUGGAAGAAAAGAAGACUCAAGCAGCCCAGGAAGGGGACUGCUGA